GGGGCCUUGACGGGCCCAACCGGACGGCGGGAGGGAGCCGGAGGGGCGGGCGGGGCGUGAACGCCUUUUCCGCCUUGGGCCCGGAAGGGUGAUGUGGCUGAGGCUCCGCCGGCCUCACUAUGUCUGCCAUUUUCAAUUUCCAGAGUCUUUUGACAGUGAUCUUGCUGCUUAUAUGUACCUGUGCUUAUAUCCGAUCCUUAGCACCCAGUAUCCUGGACAGAAAUAAAACUGGAUUGUUGGGCAUAUUUUGGAAGUGUGCCCGAAUUGGUGAGCGAAAGAGUCCUUAUGUAGCAGUAUGCUGUAUAGUGAUGGCCUUCAGCAUCCUCUUCAUCCAGUAACUUGUCAAAACGCCAGGACUUAAUUGUCUUCAAAUUUUAUAAUGAAAAAAGACUUUGUCUACAGAUAAUAAUGAAACAGAUGGUUUACCCCUUUAUCUCUGAACAUUGAUGAGAUAAAUUUCCAGCUGCUGCUCUCUAUUUUUAUGUUUUGGACCAAUGUUCUAUGUAAUAAUUAGGAUAUAACCAUUUAAUAUUUAAAGAGUUGCAUGUUUUUGUAACAGUCAACUUCAAUACGGUCACCACAAUAUUACGUUCUACAAGUGUCAUCCUGUUGUGUCAGAUACCAGUUUAGCAAGGUUUCUAGGGCACAUAGUAGAAAACAGAAUUAGAAAAUUUCUUUCAUUGUGAUUUGAAAAUGGUAAAUCUUUAUGAGACCUUUCUAGUAUAGCUUUUUUAUUGGAGAAAAAUUUCAAUUUGUAUUGGUAAGAAUUGCAUUAUUUAAUGUAAUGCUUGCUUUUUCUCUCAACACACCAUUUUGAGCAUUAACCAGAGUACCUCUACUAGCAAACUCUAUUGUUUAUUACAAGUGUUUAAACUAUUUAAAAUAAGCCUAUGCAUUUCUUAAGGGAGAAGCAAAUGAAAUAUAACUUCACAAGAGUAGUGUUUGGAAAAUGCCCUUAUUUAACAUAAAAAGAGUUUAGAAGAGCUGACUGGUGCAGUAACCUUUGAAAUCUCUCUGGUCAGGUGUGGAUAAAAGUCUUAAACAUAAAUUUGACAGCUAACUCUUACUUUCUGAAAAAUGCUGUUAUUAAAAUGAAAGAGCAAAGUAGAACAAUUACAGUAAGAUAAUCCGAUAUGUGUUUAAUGUCAGGUCCUCUAAAAUGAAACACUCUUUUAAUUGUAACCAAAAUGCAAACUAUAUCUGUAUUUAUUGUGAUUUGUUUGUGUAUGUGUGUUAAUACAGCACUUUAAAUCUG